AUGGGAAGAAACAUACCUUCAGAAUCCAUUGCAUCGACACAUCCAUCACUUGCACUUCCACUCCUCGCCUUAUGGAUCGUGGCUGCCGUCAGUAUCCUCACCUCACUAUGUGUUUCACUCUUCCGACGACCAAAACAAGAGCCACCUUUCAAACCAUCACCAUCAAUAACAAUAGACAGAUCAACAGAAAAUGCGGAUGAUAUCGUGGCAGAAAAUGCUAAUGAUACCAUGUUGGAGCAAUUGCCUCCGGUGAUAACAACCAUCACUGCCAACACCAUUGAAGCUAUUGACAUGGAAUGUCAAGAAGAAACACCACCUCCACUGCCACCUCCACUUCCAAUGCCGCCGAUGUACGUAGUAACACAUGGUCCUAUUCCUCUGAUCAAGAAAAGCCAUUCGAGGCGAAGCCAUAGCUUGAGAAUUCCUGAAGGAUUAAAACUACAUGAAGGAUUGUCAAAGAUCAAAACAUGUAGAAGAGACAGGCAUGAGAAGACAGUGAUGGGGGAGGAUUCCUUAUGGAAGAAGACAAUAAUCCUUGGUGAGAAAUGUCGCGUUGAGAGCGACGAUGAUGAAGAUGUACCUGUCUUUGAUGAGAAGGGGAACCGGCAAAAGAACUACCAUAAAAGGACAAUGAGCUUGGUGCCGCCAUCCCGAUCAAGCUCAUUUGCAAAUAAUGAUAGCCAACCUUCCUGAGAGUAUCGGAUUUUUCAUCCAUUGCUAUUGCUGCUGGAGAUCAAGGAUAUAUCUAUGUACAUAAAACACAGCUUUGUAACUUUAUCGGCAAUGUUUUGCUUCAUGUAGGACAAAUGAAAAAUGAAGAGAUUGUAUGCUGUCUUCCAUUUUUGACGAUAAAAAAGAACUUUUAUUCUUGUU